AUGUUUGCUCUUCGUUCUGGACUUCGUGCUGUGGCAUCGCGCUCGGCGGCAGUGCCGCUCUCGUCGCGUGCCAUGCUUUCCACGUCGCUGCCGCGCUUCUCACCUGUCGCUAACGGCACGGACUACACGUGCAUUCAAGUCAGCACGCCCAAGGACGGUGUGCGUCUCGUACAAUUGAACCGUCCUAAGGCUCUCAACGCACUAAACUCACAGCUUUUCCACGAACUGAACCAUGCCGCUGAUGCCGCUGAUGAAGAUCCCAGCAUCAGCGCCAUCGUCGUGACAGGCAGCGAGAAGGCCUUCGCGGCCGGCGCCGACAUCAAAGAGAUGAAGGACAAGAACUUUUCUGAGACGUACAAGGCCAAUUUCUUGGGUCAUUGGAGUAAGCUUACGCAGGUUCGCAAGCCCAUCAUUUCGGCUGUGAAUGGCUACGCUCUUGGCGGCGGCUGCGAACUUGCCAUGAUGACCGAUAUCGUCCUGGCCUCACCUACGGCUGUGUUUGGUCAGCCUGAGAUUAACCUCGGUGUGAUCCCUGGUGCAGGUGGUACGCAGCGUCUGACACGUGCCAUCGGUAAGAGUCGCACGAUGGAAAUCGUGCUGACGGGUCGCAAUCUCACCGCCGAUGAGGCCGAGGCCGCUGGUCUCGUAUCGCGCGUUGUCCGCGAGGGCAGCGUCGUGGACGAAGCCGUCAACGUCGCCAGCAAGAUUGCAAAGAAGAGUCAGAUUUCCGUCCAAGCCGCCAAGGAGGCCGUCAAUGCAUCCUACGAACUCACGCUUGCCGAGGGUAUUCGUCUCGAGCGCCGCCUGUUCCAGUCCUUGUUCUCGACGCACGACCAGAAGGAGGGUAUGACAGCGUUCACUGAAAAGCGCAAGCCUGCGUUCAAGAACGAGUAA